UUUCAUUGAGUCAAAUUCACUUUAGAAAUGCUUUAGAAUUGAUCGCGAAACGCAUAAGUUAAACAAAAAAAAAAUAAUAAAAAAAUAAAAUGAAAAUAAAAUAUUUUUACUUUUUCAUUUUAUUAUUGAUAAAAACUGUGAUUAGUAAGCCGGUUCAUGAAGGUGAAUUAGAAACAAAUUGGACAUUAGAGAAUGAAAAUGGAAGCAUAAAAAUUGAAGGAUUAAGUAUACCAUCUGGAAUAUUUAGUGCAUAUUCAUUAAGUAAAGGAUUAUCAGAAGAUGAAAUUUUAUAUUCAAAAAAUGAUAUAAAAUGGCGAUGGUUAGCAAAUGACAAUUGGACAUAUUCAACAACAUUUACUGUUAGUGAAAGUUUAAUACAAAGUACUAAAUUUAUUAAUUUAGUAUUUUAUGGCAUUGAUACAUUUUCAAAAAUAAUAUUAAAUGAUAAAGAGAUUGGUACCACCGAUAAUAUGUUUGUACGUUAUAAAUUUGAAGUUCGACGUAAUAAUAUCAUUAGACCGGGACUUAAUACUCUUCAAGUAAAAAUAAGAUCACCAAUUUUUGAAGCACAAGAGAGAGCAAAAAAAUUUCCAUAUACACCACCUGAAUGUCCACCUAGUAUAUAUAAUGGUGAAUGUCAUAUGAAUAUGUUACGUAAAAUGCAAGCUAGUUUCGGAUGGGAUUGGGGUUUAGCUGCUCCGUCAAUGGGAAUAUGGAAACGUGUAACUGUUGAAUAUUAUGAUAUUGCUAUAAUACGGGAUGUUGAUGUCAAAACAACAUUACUAAAUAAUGGUAAAUGGAGUCUUGCCUGUUCUGUUUAUUUGGAUACAAGUUUAGAAGAACCAUAUUAUGGACAAUUAACAUUCUAUGCAGUAGAAUUAUUAAAUGAGCCUAAAAAAGUUAUUUUUGAAUCAAAACCAAUUGAAAAUUCAAUCAUCAGAUUUAAUGUUACAGUUGAUAAUAGAAAUCCUGAUUUAUGGUGGCCAAAUGGCUUGGGAAUUCAAAAACUUUAUCAUUUACAUUUUACAUUUAAUGGUUGGACUACACCACAUGGAAGUGAUCCAAGACAUUUAACAUUAUCACAGAAAUCUAUUAGAAUUGGAUUAAGAACAAUUGAAUUAGUUCAAGAAAAAUUAGAUGAUGGUUUAAGCUUUUACUUUAAAGUAAAUAAUGAACCAGUUUUCAUGAAGGGUACUAAUUAUAUUCCAUCACAUAUUUUACCAGAACUUGGACACGAUCAAAGCCGAAUUCGACAUUUAAUGGCAUCCGUAAAAGCGGCAAAUAUGAAUAUGAUUCGUGUUUGGGGUGGUGGUGUAUAUGAAUCUGAUUUCUUAUAUGAUAUGGCAGAUAAUUUUGGUAUAUUAAUAUGGCAAGAUAUGAUGUUUGGUUGUGCAAUGUAUCCAGUUGAAGAAAAUUUUUUGGAAUCGAUAAGAACAGAAACUGUACAAAAUAUUAAACGUAUCGGUCAUCAUGCAAGUAUAGCAAUAAUUGCUGGUAAUAAUGAAAAUGAAGCUGCAUUAGUACAAAAUUGGUACAAUACAAAACCUGAACAGAAACGUUUUGAAAAAGAAUAUCGGCUUUUGUAUAAUGCAACAAUCAACGAUGAGUUAAGAAAAUUUUAUAAUCAUCCAUCAAGACCAGAUCCAUUAACAUCAUCACCAUCAAAUGGUGAUAAAACUAUUGAAGAUGAUUUUAUAUCACCACAGCCACAAGAUCCAAAUUAUGGUGACAUACAUUUCUAUGAAUAUUUUCGUGAUUGGUCUGAUCCAGACGUAUAUCCAAUACCAAGAUUUUCAUCAGAAUAUGGUUUUCAAUCAUUACCACAAAAAUCUGCAUGGGAUAAAAUUAUGUAUAAUCAUGAUAAUUUCAAUGAUUUAUUAGAACAUCGUCAACAUUUACCAUUUGGUAAUGAAAUAAGAUCAUGUUUAAUAUUCCGACAAUUACCAUUAAUAACAUCAGAUCAACCAGAUUAUGCUGAAAAUAUUAUAUACUUUAGUCAGCUUACACAAGCUUUAGCUACAAAAUUAGAAACUGAAAUUCUUCGUAAAAAUCGUAAUAGUAAACAUAAUACAAUGGGUGCAUUAUAUUGGCAAUUAAAUGAUGUUUGGAUAGCACCAUCAUGGUCUAGUAUUGAUUUUAAUGGAAAUUAUAAGAUUCUUCAUUAUUGGGCUAAAGAAUUUAUGAAACCAAUAUCAAUAAUAGCACAUUCAAAUAAAAGUACAAAUGAUGUUGAAAUAACAGUUAUAAGAGAUACCAUCGAAAAGUCACCAUUAACCUUUAAUAUUAUUCGGAAUACUUUCUUAUAUAAUACAUUAGCUCCAGCAAAAAUAUAUGCAGCCAAAACUAUUUCUAUUAAACCAAAUAGUGUAUUGUCAGCUGAUACAUUCCAACUUGAACCAAAUAUAGAUCCAAAAACAUAUUUUUAUGAGAUUCUUCUUAAGGAUGGUAGAGGUGAUACUAUUGCUAAAACAUAUCAUUUUCCUCAACCUAUUAAAAAAGCAGUCGGAUUAAGAGAUCCAAAUAUAGAGGUGGAAAUUUAUACAAGCAAAUAUCAGGCUCCAAUUUCAAGUAUUAGUAUUGGUGUUAAAGUUAGUUAUCCAGCAUUAUUCGUUUACAUAGAAAUUGUACAUGAUAAUAUUACAAGUUAUACAUUAUCAGAUAAUGGUUUUAUACAAACUGAUCCAAUUAAAAUGAUUUAUUUAGAAUAUAGAAAUGAUUAUAAAGUAUCAACAGAACAUAUUAAAAUUUAUACAGUAAACCAAUAUAUGAAUGAAAAUUAUCCAACAACUGAAGAACUACCAGAAAGAUGUAAAAAAUAGAAAUUUUUUGCUUUGUAUAAAAUUGUAUUAAAUAUUUAUUAUGAGAAAAUUUCUUUUUUAAUGAUUAAAAUUAUGUA